GGCAGCAUGCUGUUUCUGGUCGGGCGCGAUCGAGCUUUAGGCACCGUGUGGUGGCUGCGGCCCGGGGAAAGCACAGUCACGGUCGGGCGCAAGGGCACUGACUUUAUUGUUGGUGGCGACCACUCUGUGAGCAGGCGCCAUGCAACCAUUUCCACCAGCGAGAUUGCUGACGGGCAGUUUGGCCUGUUUCUUAACGGCCGCCGCAGCAGCAAGAACGAAAUCAUCGAAAUCCACAUCGACGACCUAGUGACAUUCGGUGGGCAGGCAUCGACGUUCCAGCUGCGCUACGUGAAGUUUGCCGUAUUCCCAGUGAACAUGAAGGCAGCAACUGCGGAGGCCAAGGGCGACACGCAUGUGGUUAUGCCGUCGCUGGUAGUGAAGAGCGCAGUCGUGACGGCACUGGUGCAUGGUCUGCCCAUUGCUGCCCUUGACUGGAUCGACCAAAUCCGAGCCUUACCACACGCCUUCAGGGUGGAUGACCCGACCUCGGAUUCGGUCACGUCAUUUGUCGCAUCACUACGGUGUUUGCCGCCGCCUCGGCUACCCAAUGUGCCUGAUGACAGCCCAAUUGACCUGAGCACCGUUGGCUGGGGACCAGAUGCACGACGGAAACACCUGUUUGACGGAAAGGCUUUCGUGUUUGUUUGUAGCACGCAAUUUGACCGCUACGUUGAUCUUGUCGAGGGCGCAGGCGGCACCGCUAUUUCGUACAAGGGAUUCGAGCAGUGGUCUAGCAGAGAGAAUGAUGGGGCCAGUACCAAUGGUGAGCAGUUGGUCGAAGCUGCAGCCAAGGAGGUCAAAAAUAACUCUGCUAUCAAGGGGGCAGCAGGCGACGACUGUGGGCAGCAGAUCUGCAUUGUGACGCCGCUGUCUAGUGGCUCAAGUAGGCAAGAUGGCGGUGGGGCUGUGCUGCUGGCCAAAGCACUGGCGCGCAAACUCAACACAUGCCCGGUCUCGGAAUCGGAGAUCGGCCUUGCGGUGCUGUUCGUCUCGUGCAGAGAGCAUGUGAACCCGCAGAUAAAAGAGCAAACCAAGGAGCCAGCUCCUGCUGCACAGUCAGCCGAUGGUGGUCAGCGCAAGCGCAGACGGGGGAUCAACAGCUUUUGGAGCAGCCUUGUCUCGUCUCCGGCCGAUUCCAAGUCUAGAGGCGACGAGACACCGGCUCCACCAGCACCCACUUCUGCUGCAAUGUCUGUUACAGAUCGUGUUGAGACUCCGCCCGUUGAACCUGUAGACAAGCAGGCUCACAUCUCACAGCCAGAGCAGGCUGAUGCUGCUGCUGUUGCCAGCAACCAUACAAACCGUCAUGGUUUAGAUGGUCCUGGGCUAGUCGUCAAGAGGGUUCGCCUGGUCAAGCCCAAGCCUGCAAUAGGUACACAGCAGAACCAGCAAAACGCCGGCAUGCCAAACUUUAAGCGGUUCAAAAAGACUAUCCACACGUACCAGCUUACAUCUUAG